UAUUCGAGUUUGUUUGUCGUUGACCAAAGACUACUUUAAUAUUGACGUUGACGUUUGUUUGUUGAAGAACUGGAGAAGUGAAGAUGGUUUUUCGCUCAAUUUGCGUGUUCAUAGCUGUAAAUUAAUCAUAAACGAUCAUCUGAUAGACAGCAUCUAGUAAAAUAAUUGAAUUUUCAUGGGUGCACACUUAAUACACAAAAACUUUCAAGAUGAUGGCUGGAAAAGCAAUGCCAGAAACAGAAGAACAAAACAGAAUAAGGUUUCAAGUUGAACUAGAGUUUGUACAAUGUUUAGCCAACCCUAACUACAUACACUUCCUGGCACAGCGUGGUUAUUUGAAAGAAGCUACAUUCAUUAACUACCUCCGCUACUUGCAAUACUGGCGGGAGCCAGAAUAUGCUCGCUAUCUCAAGUACCCAAUGUGCCUCCACUUCUUAGAGCUGCUGCAACACGAAGCAUUUAGAAGAGAAUGUGUUUCAGCACAGGUUUGCAAAUUUAUGGAUGAUCAAGCAAUUUUGUUGUGGCAACACUACACACGGCGGCGUACGCGCACGCUACAGCCGCCGGAUGCGCCGGCGCCACCCGCUCCCCCCGCAGCACCACAGCAGGGACCACCCCGACAACAGACAUAGACAUAUCACAGAUUAUAUAGAAAGCAAUGAUGAAGCUUCUUCAUUGUAAGGAGCAUGGCCUGUUGUAAAAGUCCUUUAACCUCUUGUCAGUUGAUAUAUGAGACAAUAGAAAACACAUUGUGUCUCGCAUAGAUCUGCGUUCCGGCAGUCAAGAGGUUAAUAAAUACAAAUUAAAUUGCUUCCACACAAUUAGUGUAUCCUCAAUAAUGUAUCCUCUAAGUGUGGAUUACAUUUACAUAGUACAUUAUAUACAAAUCUACUGAAAAUGAUGGCAUUCAUUCAUAGAGAAGUCAACUGCCAGCUGCCAGAUCCUUUUGGAUGGUCCUUACAAUGUACAGUAUUGAUUCUAUGUGGUAGUAGUGUUUUAUUUGUUUUAUUAUACAUGUAUAUUAUUAUACACAAUAGUUCUGGUUUUGUUGUAAUGGUAAACAAACUGUUAAAAAUCAACCAUAACUGGAUCAAGUGAAUGUUACAUUGUAUAAGUGCAUUUUUGCUUACCCUUCAUAUAAUUAUGUUGAAAAGUGGGAUGUUAUAAUGAUCACCAUCUGAUUUGUGAAUUAGCAGUUGGCACCAUGACAUCACUAUUUAGAAGAAACAAAUUUAUGGGGAAUGUCGUUGAAAAUUUGAACAGACUGAGUUAUUGUAUAACUUUUAGAUAAGUAUAAUAAAAGUUUUUUAGUUAAAGCUAA